AAGCCGUGCCCAGGUUCCCACAAACAGCAGGUGGCAUUCUGACAUCAGCAGAGCCUGGGAUCCUCUUCAGAGCUAACAAGGAACCUCUAGAGCAGACGUCCGAAAAGAAUGCAGACCCCAGCCAAUUCCAAGAGCAGCCACGAUGUCCUGGAGCUAAAGAGUACGACAGCCCCCCCAGCAGAGGGCUACAGCAACAUGGGCUUCCAGAAUGAAGACGACUUUGGUGAGAGCCAGAAAAUAUCAGGAAAUAACUCGCUAAGGUGUAGAGUUACGCAAAACGGAGAACACAAAACCGCGACGCAGGACGAAGAGCAAGUCACCAUUGAGCAGGAUUCUUUAAGAAACAAAGAAGAUGAGGCGGAUGACCCAGAGACACAUCAAAAAGGAUAUCUGGAAAGGAAAUAUGAUACAGUUUGUGAUUUUUAUAAGAAACACAAAACCACCCUUUGGUACAUCAUCUGGGGCAUCUUAAUACUAGGUUACCUGGCAAUGGUGAUUGCAGCUUGUAUGCUGAACUUUCAGAGAGCCCUUCCCCUUUUCGUGAUCACCGUGGCCGCCAUCUUCUUUGUGGUCUGGGAUUAUUUUAUGGCCAAAUACGAGCAUCGAAUCGAUGAGUGCCUGUCUUCUGGCAAAAGGCUCCUACAAAACCAGUGGUUCUGGAUGAAGUGGGUGAUUUGGACCUUACUGAUCCUGGGAGUUAUUUUCUGGCUGAUCUUUGACACCGCCAAAUUGGGCCAACGGCAGCUGGUGUCCUUUGGUGGGCUCAUAAUGUAUAUUAUCCUGAUAUUUUUAUUUUCCAAGUACCCAACCAAAGUUUACUGGAGGCCUGUCUUUUGGGGAAUUGGGUUACAGUUUCUUCUCGGGCUCUUAAUCCUAAGGACUGACCCUGGCUUUAUGGCUUUUGAUUGGUUGGGCCAACAAGUUCAGACCUUCUUGGAAUACAGUAACGCUGGUGCUGAAUUUGUCUUCGGCGAGACAUACACAGAGCACUUCUUUGCAUUUAAGGUCCUGCCAAUUGUGGUUUUCUUCAGCACCGUGAUGUCCAUGCUCUACUACCUUGGCCUGAUGCAGUGGAUCAUUAGAAAGGUUGGAUGGGUAAUGCUCGUUACUAUGGGAUCAUCUCCUAUUGAAUCCGUAGUUGCUGCUGGCAAUAUAUUCGUGGGACAGACAGAGUCUCCACUGCUAGUCCGACCAUACUUACCACACGUCACCAAGUCUGAACUCCACGCAAUCAUGACCGCUGGGUUCUCUACCAUUGCCGGAAGUGUCUUAGGUGCAUACAUUUCCUUUGGGGUUUCCCCCUCCCACCUGUUAACUGCCUCAGUCAUGUCUGCGCCUGCUUCGUUGGCUGUGGCUAAACUCUUUUGGCCUGAGACAGAAACACCUAAAAUAACCCUCAAGAACGCCAUGAAAAUGGAAAGUGGCGAUUCAAGGAACCUCCUAGAAGCCGCAACACAGGGAGCAUCCUCAUCCAUCUCCCUGGUGGCAAACAUCGCUGUGAACCUGAUUGCCUUCCUGUCCCUGUUGUCUUUUGUGAAUGCGGCCCUGUCCUGGUUUGGAAACAUGUUUGACUACCCACAACUGAGUUUUGAGAUAAUAUGCUCCUACAUCUUCAUGCCCUUUUCCUUCAUGAUGGGAAUAGACUGGCAAGACAGCUUUAUGGUUGCCAAACUCAUAGGCUAUAAGACAUUUUUCAAUGAAUUUGUGGCUUAUGAGCACCUCUCAGAAUUGAUCCGUUUAAGAAAGGAGGCCGGACCCAAAUUUGUAGAUGGCGUGCAGCAAUAUAUGUCGAUUCGUUCAGAGACAAUUGCCACCUAUGCUCUCUGUGGCUUCGCUAAUUUUGGUUCCCUAGGAAUAGUGAUCGGUGGACUCACAUCCAUGGCUCCUUCCAGAAAGCACGAUAUCGCUGCAGGGGCAGUGAGAGCGCUGAUCGCGGGGACCGUCGCCUGCUUCAUGACAGCCUGCAUUGCAGGGAUACUCUCCAGCACCCCCAUAGACCUCGACUGCUAUCACCUUUUAGAGAAUGCCUUCAGCUCCAGUCCACCUGCAAACACAUCCGAUGUGGUAACUUGUUGUCAAACUCUACUGAACAGCACUAUUGUCAACGGCCCUGGUGACGUCAUCCCAGGAGGAAACCACAGCUUGUCUUCUUUACGGGGCUGCUGCACAUUGUUGGCUCCAUCAAUGCUGAACUGCACUUGGAUCCCUGAUGCACUUUGAGUUUGCCCCCUCCUCCAAUGGAACUCUAGGACUGGAAAAUGGCACUACCUUUUGGUCAAAAAGUCACUUUAAGACCAUUUGAAGAGGAAAAAUAAGUCCUGGUUGAGAUCCAAAACCUUCCACCGAUACUUCCAUUGACCAGGAAAGCAUCAGCAUCAAAGCUGCUUAGUAGGAAUCAGAGAAGAACCUUCCUUAAUGGGUUCUGAGAUAUAAUGUGUGUCAAAAGAAAAUUCUGGAGACAAUGGCUGGGUGCUCUUUAAUGAAAUGCUCAUCACCAAUUCUCUUAAUAGCCCAAAGACCACAUUUUGUGAGAAAACACAAACACCAAUGACUGAGUCAAAAGGUGAUUCACAAGAAAGAAAAAAAAAUGUGAAAAAGGUUUUGGAAUACCUUGGGUAAUUUAUUUUAGUUAUGUUUUCUUUCUUGUUCAUGCACAGUUUUUUGAAAUGUAUAUGUAAAUAGCUGGUGUGUGUGUGUGUGUGUGUGUGUGUGUGUGUGUGUGUGUGUCAGCAGAGGAGAAGGAUGAAAUUAAAUGCCCAAAGGACGCUUUUUCUCUGAAGUACAAUAUACUAGGUUAUUUCUAUCGAUCAUUUGUAUCAAAUUUUCUUGGAAUUCAUGUGCCCUUUCAGCGUUUAGAUUUUAUUUUAGGAAAGUAUAUUUACAUGUCUUUUCUCUAUGUUCUUUGUGUCAACCUUCAGAAAAGCCUGUGACAAUAGCAUGCCAGGGUGCUGGUUAUUCAUAUGUUGGUUCUCGUUGGUCUGCUAGGGCUACUCUCUUUCUAACUCAUUUUUCUCUUUUUAAUUCUUUACAUCUAUUUUAUUUUAUACCUGAGACUCUCUAAGAGGAUUUCUGUGCUAUUUCUAAUGUGCUUCUGUAACCAACUCAUAUUCAAAUUCUGUCUGUUGCAAUUACUGUUCUUGGGAAGUUUGUAUCUCUGCUCUGAUCUCUUUUAUUUCAAGGAAAACUUAAUAAUUACUGUCCUAUUUUUUAAGUUUCCUUCUUUUUUCAACUGCAGAAAGGAAUAUCCAUUUCUAGUAAAAAGUCACACACACACACACACCUUUCUUUGAACAUAUAUAAGCGCAUGGAGGAUUUGUUGCUUCUACAGAACUAGAAUGAAUCGACUUAAAUAUCACGUACAACUUCUUUUCACUUGGCAACAUACCUUGGACAUUUCUACCAAGUCAUUAGAUAUAGUUCUAACUCUGUCCUUCCCUUUCCAUUAGUAUGUGUGUGGAGGGAAGGGGGGUACAAUUGCACAUAAAUGAGGUACUAUAUAUGCUGGGAGAGGGAGGGAGUUAAACAUUGUAAAUUCUACUCGCUUCCCUCCCUUCCCUGGCCUUGGCUCACCACAUACAGGUAACCCAGGUUAAAUAAUCUGACAUCUAGCUUUCUGCACUUUUUUUUUCAUGCUCAGGUCAUGUUUUAUAACAUAUGCUAUUGAGGAUUGGUAUGGUUGUUUUAUCAUACUGGGAUAUUCUGGGACGACUCACAUUUCUCUGCAGUCUGUUUUUCUUCUAUAACAAUUCUUCAUGAUAUUCAAGUCCACUGGCAAAGCUGUGUUUUUCAAAGCCUUCGUAAUAGUCCAGACAUAUUAUGUGUAUGUAUUAUCCAUUCCUCUAAGGACAAGCAUCCACUUUUGGGGGUUUUGCUUUGGUUUUGGCUACUUCGAAUAAUACCUGCCCACUUAUUUCACAUCCUGGUGGCUUUAUUCUAUAGCAGUGUUAUCUGAUAGAAAUAUAAUGCAAGUCACAUGUGAUUUAAAAAAUUUCUAGUUGCCACUUUAAAAACUUAAAAAGAAACUCAUAAAAUUAAUUUUAUUAAUAUUAUUUUACCCAUUAUAACCAUGAUAUUAUCAUUUCAAUGAAUUAUUUUAUAUUCUUUUUAACUGAACUAAGCCUUUAAAAUCUAGUACAUAUUUUAUACUUAGAACAUAUCUUAAGACACAUUUUCAUUGGCAAUACUUGAUCUGUAUUUAGAUUUCAUAAAAGUUACAGUUGCAAAGUAAAUUCACAUGCCCAAAUUGUUCCAAACACACUAAAAAGCUUUCCAAUAACUGAAAUGAGUAUCGGUUUUUAAAUUAAAAUUUUAGUUCCUCAGUUGCACUAGGAAAUAGUUCCAUAAUUCAAUUAUUAGUAGCUAUCAAUUCAGACAGUGCAAUUCUAUAAGGUGGUUUCCUAGGUGAACUGAAGUGAGUGUGUGUAUAUUUGGUAUUAAUAUAUGUUGUCAGAUUGUGUCUUAGAGAAAUACGUUGUCUUAAUUUUUACCUGUUUUGUGAUAUAAUCUUUCUAAUGUGUUUUACUCCUCUACCUCUGUGUGUAUAUGUGGUAUUUCUUUUCAAAUGCAACAAGUUCACAUAAAUCUCAUGCUGAUUUCUUUUUUAA